AUGUCGAGCACCAGAGAGCAACAAUCGAAGACUGCUAUCGAUCAAGAUACCCCCCUGCUGCCCACCACCAAAUCUUACUCGAUCUUCAAUCUUGAGGACCAAUUCCUCUUCUAUGGCCAGUACCACCACAACCCGGUCAACAUCCUCAUCCACCUGAUCUGCGUCCCUGUCAUCUUCUUCACCUCGCUCAUCCUCGCCCACCAGUUCGGCUUCUUUCCACAUACAGUCCUGGGUGCGGUCGAGCUACCUGAACUGCUGGUCCGCACAGGAUGGUUUGGCCAAACCGGGGCGAUGUACGAGCUGAACAUGUCAACGGUCACCUCGAUAGGAUAUGCACUCUACUUCGUAGCCCUCGAGCCAGUGGCCGGCCUACUCUACAUGCCCAUCCUACUCGCCUUCGGCCACUGGGCCAACCUCAUCGUCACCAGCUUCCCGGACUCGUACUUCAAUCCUACACUCGCCAUCUGGGUCCUCAGCUGGAUCCUACAGUUCGUAGGCCACGGUCACUUCGAAAAACGUAAACCGGCACUCAUCGAUAACCUCUUCCAAUCUAUCGUCCUCGCCGUCUUCUUCGUCUGGAUCGAGGCACUCUUCUUCCUCGGUUAUAAACCCGCCUUGGCUCGAUCCAUCCAUCGUAAAAUCGCUGCGGCCGUCGCUCAAUUCAAGGCCUCUUCUCCCUCCCAUUCUCCUCAGUCUCCUCCUCCUUCUAAAGCACCUUGA